UCAACAAAGUUCCAGUAGAAAAGGAUCCUCUGAGGACAUCUAUCGUUCUAAACAAUUAAUGAUGUUAAUUUUCGCUAAGCCAAGAGCUGCAUUUAGGAGUUUAUUCUGAGAGCGUUUUAUCAUAACUGCAUUACCAAGUUGCCCAACUAAAAAUUGCUAAAUACCGACUGGGAAAUCAGUAGACACUCUAUUUAAUGAAGGUUACUGCGGAAUUGUUUCCAACUUUUUUUCGUCCAUGAAUCGACAAUCCUGGCCGCGCUUUGUUAAUUAACGUUUAUUAUUUCGUUGUAGGUACAAAGACAAACGUUAUCAGUGCAAUUCAGUGAAUUCGGAGCUAUCGCUGCGGGGACACAAUGUUACUGCUGUUACCACGGAUCCCUUACGAGACAAAACGUUGGUCAACCUAACGGAAAUUGAUGUAGGAUUUUUGCAUGACAAAUUUAAGCUUUUGUCUGAAGAAUUUCCAGUAGAACAAUCAUUAUUUUAUACUGUACAUCGGAUACUUUUUUAUACUCGUAUAGCUACACAAAGUAUUUAUGAAAAAGAACAUGUCCUCAAUGUUUUAAAAUAUCAACAGUUUGAUCUUGUUAUUGUUGAAAAUGUUUCACCGUUAGCAUUUGCUAUUGUCGCUAACACCAAAACGCCACUCAUCGGCGCCACAAGUUUUAGUGGUAUGAUAACUAAUCAUGAAUCCGUAGGAAAUCCCACACAUCCAAUUGUAACGCCGUAUAUGCUUCUUCCAUCUUCAACGAAAAUGACAUUUUAUGAACGACUUUUAAGCGUCAUGUUCAAUAUUUUCGUUAAAUUUCAUUACAAAUAUUUCGAGAUUCCGAAAUGUGAGAAAAUUGCCAAACAAUACUUUGGUAAUAUUCCAAGCUUGUGGGAGAUCGAAAGAAACAUUAGUUUGAUUAUAACAAAUGCAAAUCCCAUUAUCAAUCCUGUAAGACCAAACGUACCCGCCGUGGUUCAAGUAUAUGGAAUACCCAUGGGAGUGGCCAAACGACUUCCAAAAGACUUACAAUAUUUUCUGGAUAAUUCAACUAAUGGAGUUAUCUACUGCAGCUUAGGCACCAGCAUUCCCUGUUCCAACACCUCGACCACCGAGUUUAAAAAACUUAGACAAGUUUUUGAUGAGUUACCUUAUAAUGUUCUGUGGAAGUGCGAUGUUAGUGAAACAGAUGAGUCGAAUAAAAUAUUAUUCAAGAAGUGGAUGCCUCAACAAUCCGUUCUCAAACAUCCUAACAUUAAAGUAUUUGUUACUCAAGGAGGUGUACAUUCAAUCGAAGAAAGUUUGGAAAAUGGUAUUCCUAUGCUGGGGCUACCAUUUUUCGUAGACCAACCACAAAACGUGAAAAAGUUGAUUUUAGAAGGAAUUGGUUUAGGUGCUAAUCUUAAAACUGAUUCAGUAGAUCAAAUCAAACGUCAAAUCACUGAACUAAUAGAAAAUAAUAAGUACAAGAAAGCUGUCCUGGACAAGAGAAAUAUUCUGAUGGAUCAACCGAUGUCUGGAAUGGAUAAAGUUAUUUGGUGGAUUGAAUAUGUAUUAAGACACAAAGGGGCCCGUCAUUUAAGAAGUGCAGCAGCAGACUUACCGUUUUAUCAAUAUUUUCUUCUGGAUGUUAUAGCAUUUUUCUUAGGUGCAGUUGUUUUUAUCUCGUUUAUCACUUAUGUUGUUGUUGUUUAUGUUAAACGUUAUUUACAAGCAAUAAAAAUUAAGAAAGACUAAUAGAUUUUAUGUAGGUAUGUGGAAAAUAAAUGCAAUAUGGAAAAAAGUAAAA